GUCACGUGGUAGCCAAAAUUUUAUCCGUCACCAGGAAAUCGACUCAGCAGUCGCCUCCUCUAUCUAUACGUGUACAGAUUAUUACUGGUUUAAUGGUAUCGUGUGGCCAUUCCGGUGUGCGCUAAAAGAAGAAAAAUAUAUUGCAUGAAAUUAUAUUUGCGACUUGCGUCAAAAGCUGAAAUGUUCACACAAUAUCACAAUAUCACAAUACAAUACGUACGUACUCGUUGACCGGUUGACAUUUUUUACUCGGCAAACAAAAACUCUUCUCACUUCUCAGUCACUAGUUUCUCACGAUAAGUGACUUUGAGGACUUACUUUAUUGUAUUUCAAACAUUUCAAGUCAACUGCCGUAGUCUUUACCUUUAAAGAACACAUUGAGAAAACAACGAAGAAGCUACAUUCGCGCAUCAACAUAAUACAGAAACUUGCCGGCACGGACUGGGGAGCAGAUGGCAGGACUCUAAGAACAGCUACGUUGGCCCUAGUUUACAGUACCGCAGAAUACGGAGCUCAAGUCUGGUGUAACAGUACACAUACGAAAAAAAUAGACACACAACUCAACAGCGCAAUGAGAAUAGUUGAUGGAAAAGUAAAAAGCACACCGACACAAUGGUUACCAGUCUUAACUAAUAUUCUGCCACCAACAUUACGCAGGAAGGAGGCACUGCUUAGAACAACAACCAAAGCUGAUAAGACGAAAAAGUCCCUGUUAUACCAAAUGCUGAUAAAUACACCUAACCUCAGGCUAAAAUCAAGAAAGCCCCCGUGGAGCACAGCUAAGGAGUUAGCACUAUCAAACUUUGAGGGUACAAAAGAAUGGUGCGAAAACUGGACAUCAACUGAUGUAAAAAAUAGUGGUCUAGUGUCAGACCCUAAUAAAGGUGUAGAAGGCAUGGAUUUAACACGAGAUGUAUGGUCCGUACUUAACAGAAUUCGAACUGGUCACGGCCGGUGCGGCUCCAUGAUGUCCAAAUGGGGUCUUAAGGACAGCCCUACGUAUGAUUGCGGUCACAAUAACCAAACAAUACACCAUAUUGUGGAAGAUUGCCUGAAAAGGAGGUUCAACCGGGGCAUUGAGGGAAUUCAUGCGGCAAAUAAUGAAGCAUUAGAAUGGAUUCGAGAACUAGACAUUGCCUUAUGACUAUGGAUUUUAUCUGUAAACAAUGACCAUGUGCCCCUACUAUCAUUACUUAUUUAUUUAACUAUUUACAUUUUUAACUGUAGUUAUUUUAUUUUUAUUUUAUACUCAUGUUUUGAUUUAUAUUCAAUAUAUAUUGUGGCCUUAACUGUGUUGAUUUGUAUACCAGUCAUACGAAAUAAAUAAAAUAACAUAAUGUAUUGCUCUUUAAUUUUUUAAUUUGUAAUAAAUUGUUUAAUUUAGAUACUAUUUUAACUAUUAAUUAUGGAGGUAGCUAGCUAAUAACUGUAUAUCUACACUGAUAUUUUCUAUAAUCUUAUAUGCCA